CCGCCGCCCUCGGGGCGCUCCCGCCCGCCUUCGCCCCACAAUGCACCGCGCCGCUGACAUGGCGGCCGGGCCGGACUGAGCCGCUGCCGUCGGGGCCUGCAGCAGCCGCAGCCGGGCAUGGCGGGGGCGCCGCGCCGGCUCCGCUAGCGCCGCACACAGUAGACAAUCAGCUACGAUCCUUGCCUGCACAGAGGAUUUAAAAUCAACGGCAAAUUGCUGAAGAAUUGCACUUCAAGUGGUCUCGAGACAGGAGAAGCAGGUCUUCACUAUAAUGGAAGAGGCCAAGAGCUCAAAGAAUGGAAAUCAUGACCCAAGGAAGUCUGUCCGUCUUGUCUGUGAGGAAGGCAAAACAGUCAAAGUUACAAUUAAUCAAAAUUAUAAAUAUAAUAGAAAUGACAAAUCUGUGAAGGAUGUUGGGAGAAGUUCUCCAAGUGGGAAUAGCAGCAGAAAAAGUAAACAAAAUGAUGUUUGUUCUGAAAAACAAGGAGAAAAUAAAUCAUGCAAAGUAAAUAGUUGUAUUCCUGGAACUAAAGAUUUGGGAUCAAGCGUUCAGGAUCGAAGUCAUGGAAAAGCAAAAAAGUUUUCUAAUUUAUCAUCAGCAAUGGAAAACCUGAAACAGACAAAAUCCCAGCCAGUGGGAGAAAAUGCUCCAGGCUCCCAUCUUUCAGGGAAUGGGGUCAGUGUGGAAAGCUUAACAGCUACUCAGAAAGGGAAACUGGUGCUGGAAAAUCCAGUGGGAGUUCAUACUUUGAAGACUGGUGUUGAUCAGGCUGGUGAUCCUGGUAAGACUGCUGCAGAUCAGAGAAAAAUGGAACAUAAGCCUGAUGACUUCAGUAAAAUCAAGAAUUCUGAAUCAACAAAAGAACAUACGUUGGAAGCGGAUUAUUUAGAAAACACUGGUGUUAUUGAUGAAUCUAAUCUGACAGUUGAACAGCAACUGGGAUUGAAACAAGCUGAAGAACGUCUGGAAAGAGAUUAUAUCUCCCGACUUGAAAAACGCUCCCCAGAAUACACCAACUGUCAGUAUCUAUGCAAGCUCUGCUUAGUCCACAUUGAAAAUAUCCAGGGAGCCCACAAGCAUAUUAAGGAAAAACGUCAUAAGAAAAAUAUAAUGGAAAAGCAAGAAGAAAACGAGCUGCGGGCGCUCCCGCCGCCCUCGUCUGCACAGUUGGCUGCUCUGAGUUUCACUCUCAUCGAGGCAGCAAAUGAACAAGGCAUCUCAGAUGAGGACUUCAGAAUUCGGCAAGAGAUUGUAAAUGAGAUGGAGAAAAUCAUUCAACAGCCCUUACCAGACUGUUCCCUGAGGAUGUAUGGCUCCUGUUUAACUAGAUUUGCUUUUAAGACCAGUGAUGUUAACAUUGAUAUCAAAUUCCCCCCUAAGAUGAGUCAGCCAGAUGUUCUGAUCCAGGUGCUUGAGAUCUUGAAGAACAGUGCUGUCUACUCAGAUGUGGAGUCGGAUUUCCAUGCCAAAGUUCCUGUUGUCUUUUGCAAAGAUGUUAAAAGUGGUUUGACAUGCAAAGUAAGUGCUAGGAAUGACGUGGCUUGCCUUACAACUGACCUGCUGGCUGCACUUGGUAAACUGGAGCCUGUCCUGAUUCCCUUGGUUUUGGCUUUCCGCUACUGGGCAAGACUCUGUCACAUUGACUGUCAGGCUGAAGGUGGAAUUCCCUCAUAUUCCUUUGCCUUAAUGGUGAUAUUUUUUCUUCAGCAAAGAAAACCACGUAUUUUACCGUCCUAUUUGGGCAAUUGGAUUGAAGGCUUUGAUUCAAAGAGGCCAGAUGACCACCAGCUGAAAGGGGUGGAAGAUGAAGAAUUUGUAAGGUGGGAGUACAAACCACCCACAAACGGUGCAGCAAAAAACUCUGUUGGAGCAGAAAGCAAAGCUAAAGUUGAACAACAGAAAGGUGGUGGCAAGAAGGCAACAAGCUCAGAAGUGGACAGCCAAAGCAAUGUGAAAGAGAAACAUGGAAUUUCUCUCUUAGCAUUCAAAACCCCUCACCAAGUUUCACUGGGGCAACUGUGGUUGGAACUUUUGAAGUUUUACACACUGGAGUUUGCUUUGGAGGAAUAUGUCAUCAGCAUACGGGUACAAGAGCUCUUAACCAGAGAGAAUAAAAACUGGCCUAAGAGGCGAAUAGCCAUUGAAGAUCCUUUUGCACUAAAGAGGAAUGUUGCACGAAGUCUAAAUAGCCAGAUGGUAUUUGAGUACAUCCUGGAGCGAUUUAGGACAGCAUAUAAAUAUUUUGCAUGUCCACAAAGUAAAGAUGGGAUUAAAUCCAAGCCAGAUACCAAGAAAAAAGAAAAAGGGAAAACGAAUAAUAAGAAAUCCACACGAUCUGAAGAGCCUGUAGCAAACUGUUGCCUUCCACAAGGGGAAAAUGUAGAUAAAGAAGUUACAGGAAGUGGAUGUAACAUACCAGAGAAUGAAGUUGAAUGUAAUAAAGUGGUAGAAGCUGUAGCCAAAAGAUGUACUUCCCAGGACAUGGACCCUUUGCUACUUUCAACAUUGGACUCUAGCUAUGAUGAAGACAAAGAAGAAGCUUUACCCCUUAUUUCCAAUGAAUGCUGUGAAUUAAAGGAAAAAUCACCUAAAGAGAGGGAUGAUUUAGAAAUUUCAGUGUGUCUAACUGAGGGUGAGCCCAGCCACCACUGUAACUGCAGUGCACAUCAGCCUGAUGACACCAAUUCCAGUAAUGAGUUUUCUGAUGCUGAAAGCAGGCAGAGUUUGGUACCGGAGUCGUCUCUGCAGACGAAGUGCACUGGCACCCCAGCUACCUCGGCCAGCUGCAAAGCAGGGCUGGAAACACAGGAUCUCAAAGAGGAAGGCAGGCUCUCAACAGAAGAAAUGCAUUAUGUGUUUGAUAAGUUUAUUUUUACGUCAGGAAAGCCACCAACUAUAGUAUGCAGCAUCUGCAAACGGGAUGGACAUUCCAAAAAUGAUUGCCCAGAGGAUUUCAAGAAAAUUGAUCUAAAACCACUACCACCAAUGACAGACAGAUUUCGGGAAAUACUUGAUAUAGUGUGUAAAAGAUGUUUUGAUGAAUUAUCCCCUCCUUUAUCUGAGCAACAAAACAGAGAACAAAUACUGGCAAGUCUGGAGAGAUUUAUUCGAAAAGAAUAUAAUGACAAAGCUAGGCUUUGCUUAUUUGGCUCCUCAAAGAAUGGAUUUGGAUUUCGGGACAGUGAUCUAGAUAUCUGCAUGACAUUGGAAGGUCAUGAAAAUGCAGAGAAAUUAAACUGCAAAGAAAUAAUAGAAGGUUUGGCAAAAGUUCUUAAGAAGCAUCCAGGUUUGAGGAACAUCUUGCCUAUAACAACAGCCAAAGUGCCUAUAGUGAAGUUUGAGCACAGGCGGAGUGGCUUGGAAGGAGAUAUCAGUUUGUACAAUACACUGGCACAGCAUAACACAAGGAUGCUGGCUACCUACGCAGCUAUUGAUCCUAGGGUGCAAUAUCUGGGCUACACAAUGAAAGUUUUUGCAAAGCGCUGCGAUAUUGGUGAUGCAUCCCGUGGUAGUCUGUCUUCGUAUGCCUAUAUUCUUAUGGUUUUGUACUUUCUACAGCAGAGAAAUCCACCAGUUAUUCCAGUUCUUCAGGAGAUAUUUGAUGGCAAACAGAUUCCACAAAGAAUGGUAGAUGGAUGGAAUGCUUUUUUCUUUGAUGACAUGGAAGAAUUGAAGAAGCGCCUGCCUUCCCUCGGGAAGAACACGGAAUCCCUGGGGGAGCUGUGGCUGGGGCUGCUGCGGUUCUACACGGAGGAGUUUGACUUCAAGGAGUACGUGAUCAGCAUCCGGCAGAAGAAGCUCCUGACCACCUUCGAGAAGCAGUGGACGUCCAAGUGCAUUGCCAUUGAAGAUCCUUUUGACUUGAAUCAUAAUCUGGGUGCUGGAGUCUCUAGGAAAAUGACCAAUUUCAUAAUGAAGGCAUUUAUCAAUGGAAGAAAAUUAUUUGGUACCCCAUUCUACCCAGCUGUUGGAAGAGAAGCUGAAUACUUUUUUGACUCAAAAGUGCUGACAGAUGGGGAAUUGGCACCCAAUGACAGAUGUUGUCGUGUCUGUGGAAAAAUUGGUCACUACAUGAAAGACUGUCCAAAGAGGAGGAGGUUGAAGAAAAAGGAGAACGAGAAAGAUGAUGAAAAAGAGGUGAAAGAAGAAGACAGAGAAACAAGAGAGAAAAGGUGUUUCAUCUGUGGGGAUGUGGGUCAUGUUAGGAGAGAUUGUCCUGAAUUCAAACAAACCCGUCAGAGAAAUAAUAGUGUGCCAGGCACGCAGCUGGUCCGGAGCAUGGUCAAUUCCCAGCUGGUGGCUGUGGGCCAGCAGCAGGUGGAGCGACCCCUGCGCACCAGGCAGUCAUCAGAAUGUUCUGAUUCGCAUCAGUCAUCUUACUCUCCACAACCUCAGCAAUUCCCACAGAAUUCCUCUCAGCCAGCCUCCAUUAACCAGACUCAGCCACAAUCAAUAUCCCAGUCUAAGCACGUUCCUCAGCCACAGCAGGGUGCACAGCCACCCCAUCAGGUCCAGCUGCCUUUGUUUAACUUUCCCCAAUCUCCCCCAGGUCAGUAUUCCACCUUGCAUAACCUGGGACUACUUCAGAUGCACCAUCACCACCAAAUUCAGCUUCCCAACACUUCUUGGCCUAUUCAUGGGCCUGUUAUUCACUCUGCACCGGGUAACCCUCCUCAUUCUACAAAUGUUCCAUUUUCUGUGAGAUCUGGCAGCAGCAGCACCACAAAUAACCAGAGCAGUGUAAGCUUGAAUGAUCCCAGUAUCAUCUUUGCACAGCCUGCUGCCAGGCCCAUGGGAAUCCCCAGCACUUCUCAUGAGGGACACUGGCACAAUCCUGUGACUCCAAACUCACUGGUGAACAAUGGCACUGUGGGGAAUUCAGGUAACUCUUCUCUGUUGUAUCAAACCUCUCGCACUUUGUGUCCAAGUGUUCAGUGUUACAGGAACAGCUAACUCUUUCAGCUUGUUUGAUAAAAAUAUGAUGCUUAAGAAACCACAUCAUGACUUUCACCUGUCUUAACAUUUUUCUAGGAAAAAAAAUUAGAAUUGAUCACCGUAACUUUUAGGCAUUGGUCCUGUCUGCCAUUAAUGGCUGUGCAACAAUGAGAAAUCCUGCAUUCAACUGAGAAACCUGCUCAUCAUUGUUUGAAUCACUCACAUUUCUGUGAAUGUGCUGACAAAUAAUGGAUUCCUUAGACAAUCAUGGAAACAUUAAGGUUGGGAAAGACCUCUAGGAUCAACACAUUGUUACAUAAUUUAUUAAGGCAAAUGCUGAGGCUGCAGCCAUGAACUUAGAGAUUGCAGAAUUACAGUUGUGCAAGUUGAAUAUUGUCUCCUCACCUUUAGUACAAUAUAAUAUUAUCUUACCUAUUCUGUUUUAUCCUGUGGCUUGUUCUGCCAUGUUUAACUUCCAUAAUCUUGAUGUUGAUUCCUGACAUUACAUUUUCCUGUGACAAGUGGGCAACAGCCUCAUAGCAAAGCCAAGUACAUUGGUAUGUUUGAGGCUGAGAAAAGGAGUAUAUAAUGAUUAAAGCCCAUUCAGUUUUCUCUGCAGCAUGAACUGUGGCAGCCCCUAAAAUUUAACUAUUAACCUUUACAUCAUUAAUCAUGGUGGUGGUCUUCUGAUUUAUUCUGAGUGUGUAAGUCCUCCUAUGUUUUAAAAAAAAAAGCAUAAUAUAAUGUACUGGUGCAGUUGUUCAUCCUAAGAUGAAAAUUCUGAAACUCCUGCCUAGCCUUUCUCUGCACUAAUAAUGUGGUUGUCAGUAACAGUAGAUUUUCAGUUGAGUCUACUGUUUUGAAUGAGGAAUAAUUCACCAGUGGGCUUCAAAUAUAUGUUAAGAUGCUGGAGAUACAUGAUUUUCUAUUUAAAGCUUUGUGGGGAAUAUAUUCUAAAGGAUACAGGAACUUCUACCCAUGUGUUUUCUGUGUCUCUAGUGUGCUCUGUCCCUACCUCUCCUUUUUGGAUCUUCUCAUCUGUCCCCUUCUCCAGCUUUGUCUUUCCCUCAAGCAGCUCCUUCCAAUCCACAUGUCCUUAGUGGUAGCUGCCUUCUUUCAGACAAGCGUCAUAAAUUGUAAAUCCUUCUCCAUGUGCUGUCAGUCACAGUAUUUUUUUCCCAUUCCUCAUCUUCCAUCAAUUUCCAACCUUGUCACACGCCUUCUCCUAGUUCCCAAUCAUAGUAAUUUUCUUCUUUGAAAUUGAAUCAGUUUUAUUUCCUUUUUGGCUUAGAUGCCAUUAAAGUGAAUGCACAGUAGAGGUGAGCUGUCUCCUGUCUGUUUGAAGCAUGGGACAAUUUGACAACAGUAAGUUUGAGGAAACUUUGUCCUGGCUCACAUAACCUUGACUUGAAAGGAGCUACUUUAAUUUUCCUUUCAGUAGACAACUGAUCAGAAGUAUGAUCAUUGGAAGUAUCAAGACAGACAACUCUUUUUCAUGCAUACUCCAGAGCUGUGCCUCAUGUUGUGGGUCCUGCCUCCUUGGAUGCUUGAUUUCUCAUCCUGAAUGUUGCAGUGAUAUCAGAAUUGUAAAUAGAGUAGCUUUACAAUUUGUAUAUUUAUUUCCAAAGUUUAUAUUUUUAUCUCUAAAAAUAUUUUUUAAGUCAGUCCAGUGAUCUAGAUAGCAAGUUUCUUAAGCAUGUAAGUAUUAGUGGAAUUCCAGUGUACAUCUGAGAGUUAUUUCUUGCAGUAGGAUAAUAGCUUUCAUGUCACAGUUUGUCAGUGGUAGUGGAUAUUUGUGUGGGAUCAGACAGUAGUUCUGAACAUUGUUCAGAAUGUAUUUUUCAUCAUGAGAAAAUAAUAAAAAUAGUGAAAUCAUAGCUCUUGAUUUUAAUGUUGAUUCAUCGUCUCUCUUCCCAAUAAUUAUAUUAUAGUGAAUAAUGAAGUAAUUUAGGUGGUAAUUUUUACUGAUGUAUAUUAAAAAAAAAGUAGCACAUCAGACUGAUCACAUUAAGUCCCCUGCAAACUGUUUUUUAAGAUGUAAAUUGUAUUUGUGACUUACUGUUUAAUUAUUUCAACUUGCAAUGUGCUUUUCCCUUUCAAUUGAAAAAUAGAUCAGGGUUUCCAAGGACAGUUUGGUAAAAUGAACCCUCCUUCUGUCCCUUGGGACCAUGGGACCCCUACCCAUUUUCCUCUCCUCCGAGGAGCGUGGCCUUACAAUAUGCCUCAGAACUACAUGCAGCAGGGAAAUGCCAGCU